AUGCCUCUCAACUUUACACGGCUUCAAGGCUUCCAGGUGACAUCUGUUCUGGGGCCCCAGGUGAAAGUUCAGAAGGAGUCGGAGAGUUUGAGUGUUGCUCCGGGCCGCAAUCCUCUUGCCUUCAUCUUCAGUGCCGGCCAUGUCCACUUGUGUCCCCACCGCUCUGAGCCACGCUGGGCCUUACACAGACUACAGAGAUUGAGUCGCAGCAGCCUCAAGUACGAGUGGGAAGAGAAACCGUCCAGAGCUUUAGUGGCCUCGGCAGCUGCGCUAGUGAGGAAGCUGUGUGCGGCUCAGCCCACCAGCUUUGAGGUAAGUUUUUCCAGUCCCAGGGCAGACUCAGAGCCUGAGCAGCUUCCGCAUAAUCUCCCCUUGUUGCCCAGCUUCACCAGCACACCCAAGCAUUCGCUCUGUGCUAAGGACCUUCUCCUCCAUGUUAUCCCACUGCUGCCAUCUCCAGGGGCCAGCCCAGGUGCCUUCCUUGGCAUCUCAGCUCUGGCACACAACCUCUGUGCCACUCUGGACAGGCACUGCCAACAGCUACCUGGAGUUGGCUCCCUUGUGAAGAUUCUGGACGAGGCUUUAGGUGUGAACUGCAGCUUCCCAGAGCCUGUGAACGCUGGUCAGCCUCAGCUUGUGCUGAAGGCCAUAAGUGCUGGUCUGGCGGCAGCAGGUCUCACCCCGUUGAACACCUGUGCAUCUCUGAGGGGCGUCUCUGUGAUCUGGCUGGUGGCUAUCCAGGCCUUCUGGAGGAUCCCUUGCUCUGCAGAUUUGAGUUUUUGGCUUUCACACCUGUACCAAGCUCCCGAGGAGGACAUAGAGCUCAGUAUCAAUGCCUACCUGACUCUGAUGAGGUGCCCCAGUGAGGUGUUUGCCCAGGUACAGCACACACAGUCAACCAAGCAGUCCACCCAGGUGGGCUCCUUCGUGUGGAGCCACAGCUUGCAGCUACUGGAUGAUGACCCCCUGAAACGUGACCUUCGGGAGUCCCUCCCCAAGGACAUCCUUGUCAACAGUCCAGAUGGAUACCUGGAAAUGUCUUAUUCUGAUGUCACCUUCCACUCAACAUCUGUCAGCCUGGGAGGCAACCUGGAGAGGACCCUCCUCCUCUGUUCCAGCUCUUUCCUCCCUUGUUCUGCAAUGGUAAAUCUCAUUGUUAAUGCUGCUGGCUGGACCUUCAACCUGCUAGAGACUAUCAAGGAGAACUUGAUGGCAGGAGGGAGUGGAGAAGAGGCGAGGAGAGGGAAGCCAGAUGUCUGUGUGGAAGGAGAGGAAACAGACAGUCUGGCUCCCACAAUGUCUGGCAUUCCAGCCAGGCUCACCCUACAUGCCUUGGCUACUGUCAGAAUCCAUGCCCAAGGGGCAGCUGACUUCCAUCCUGGACCCACGUUUAGGGGUGACCGUUGUGAGGAUCGGAGUGGGAAUCAAGAUUCAGCUGAUGAUGUGGUUUCCAGGGCCUCGCAUGAGGCUGGAGAAAGGGAGGGCUACAGACUGUGUACUAACGUGACCUGGCCAGGGCCUGGUCAGCCCUCCCUGCUCUCGGCACCUGUGCGGGGACUGACUCUGAAGAAGCAGGACCUGGGACUUCAGCUGUACCUGCUGCACAUCAGGACCAAGGACUUGGCCACAGGGACACAGGCCGUCACAGGAACCCCAUUGUGCUUUCAGAAAGACAGCUGGCUCCCCAAAGAAGCCGCCGCCCGCCUCUUCAUGGGUACACCCCAGUCAGAAGUGGCCAGGGAUGUUGGGAUGAAUAUCAGCUAUAGUGUGCCCCAGAGGAAGUGCUGGCUCAAGCUGCUGCACCCCAAAAAGAAAAUUCACCUGGAUGGUGAGGACAGCACCCUCCCUUGCCGCCUGACUCCUUGGCAGCUGUCCAGAGUGACAGAGACAGACAAGAAGAUCCAGCAGUUUGAGGCCCAGGUGGAGGCAAAGCUGGAGACAGCAGGCAGACCUAUAGUCCUUGAUGGGAACAUCCCGCGGCAGUUGGGCAGCAGGCUGUCCAUCUCUGCAUCUCUGAGGCGCAUGCUAAAUGAUGAGCUCACCAGACCUGCCAAGGUGACACAGUUGCCCCAGAUGGUGGAGAUUACAGUCUGUGUCAAUGCCCCUGAGGCACAGGAGAAGCAGGGGUGGGUGUUGCUGGAGAAGAAGGAAGAGGCUGGGCUGCAGUCGGCCAUCCUGGGUGUCCAGCUGCAAGUUCCCAGUGUGACAGAGCUCCACAUACAGGGCCUGCUGGAGCAGCAUGGCUCUGUGGGAAGCGACACCCUGAGGAUCAAGUAUGGCCUCCUGGGUACAGUACUCGGUUGGAGGCCAGCCACGGCGACAGGAGACUCCUGCACAGAUCAGCCUGACUCAGGACCAGCACUUCGCAAUUACUUCCUGGAGCUUGUACUGCAAGCCCCAGAGAGGCGGGUGGGCUCUCUCACGAUGCAUCACUUGAGCCUCCGGCAGCCCUGCGUCAAAAGCAGCACGUACCUCAAACUGAAGCUAUUCAAUGGGCAGCUGCCCUUCCUGGUAGGCUUGCACUGGAAGGACACAGCCAGGGCCACCCUCCCAUGGCUCACAGUGUCUGCAGCUCCUCGGCUCUACUGGCCACACUGGGUCACGUUCCAGGCUGUCUCAGAGCUGACGGUGGCCAAGGCCUGGACCCUCAAAGAUCAGCAUGACCUGCAGGAUCCAGAGCCAUGGGUUUCCAUGGUGACAACCUGGAUGCCAGGCCUCUUCCACAGCAGGAGAGAGCUUGAGUCAGCCUGGAGUACAGCUGUGCCCAGUGAGGUACAUGUGGAGAACAGUCAGGACAGGAAGGUCCUGCGCUGCUUGGAGAGCCUCCAAGGGGAACUCAGCCUCACGGCAGCCUACCAGCACACAAAGAAGGCUAAGAACAGGGAGAUCGAGGCUAUGUUAGAAGUCAACCAGAAAGUCAUUCUGCAUCUGAAGGUUUCCACCUGGGCAGCUCUCAGCAUGGAGGGAUCUGGCACACAUGGCUUUAGAUGUCACCUGUUCCUCCCAGCUCAUUCUCGGACCACACACAGCCCAGAGCGGCCCUGUCCACACCCUCACUGCGGCCCAGCGCUGCCCUGUCAAUACCGGCACCGCCAGGCCUUUCAGUGCAGGCUGCCACAGUAUGUCACGAGGAAGGCAGAGUGGAUGUGUCACUGGCUGUGUGUGUCUGGCCAUGAGUUGCUUCUGCUGGGGGUGGACACAAGCAAGCAGCAUAGGAGGAGCCACUGGGGCUGGAACAUGAGGGUCUCCCUCCACCAGGCUGCUCUCAGCACCCCCAGAGUCCUUCAGCUACAACUGUCCCCCAUGGUCACCCCAGCAAGGACCUCCAGCCUCCAGCUGUUCAGCCAUUUGUCUGAUUAUAUCCUUAUCCUCACCUAUAAAACGAUGAGGCGGGGGCUGGUUGCCACUGCCUCAGUCAUGCCGAGCUUCUUCCUCCAGGAUAAGCACGAGGAGACAGAGGACAGCGGAACAGCCUUCAAGGUGGGGGUGCAAGGGACCGGAGCCCAGGAGUCUCCCAACUGCUCAGCACAGAUGGAAUUGUGGACUGACACCUGUCACCACGAUGCCAACCUUGACACCUCAGGCCCCACCAUACCAGCCCCAGGCACUGGGCCCACUCCACCUUCCAUAUAUGGCCACGAAAACAUCCAGGCGACAGUGAGUACCAGCCACAUGGCGCAUGCUGUCCAGAGACUGGGCCUGCCCUUCAGCAGCCAAUUACUAUUCCAAGAACUCUGGACCUUGGAAGACAUGAGUUCAUCCCUGCAAGUCACUUGCAACACCCAAGAUCUCCUGUUCCUCCAUGUCCGUGGCCAGAUCCAGUUCUGGGGAUGCCCAGGAGGAGGGGAACUGCAGCCAGCUGGCAGCUGGACACUGCUGGGCACCAAUGAGACAUGUUGGCUCCCCAAACAAUCACAAGCUGCUGAGAUUACAGAAUGGGAGACUCAGAGAGGCAGAGUGGUAUUUCCAAGGUCACCAAAGGCCUGCAGUGAGCCCCGGAGGGCCACCUCCAAAACUCAGGCUCUGACUUUCCCAAACAUCCUGCUGUUUACAUUUCAGAGGGGCCCGGGGGACCCUCCGGAGCUGGGGGGUCUGCCGCUCCGGCGCCUGCUGCCUGACACUCCCACCCCCACCUCCUGCAGCCUGCUCCGGUACUCUAAGGAUGAGACCCAAAGCACUGCUGUCCUAGGGAUGGAGGAGCACCGUUCCCAUGUCAGCUAUUCAGCUGCAACUGACCUCCCCCCAGGUGUGCAGGUUCCUAAGAAAAGAGGAAUCGUGUUUGAGACCUCACUUCUGCUGGUGUGCGGCUCGGCUCUGAGAGGUGAUGCAACUAGCCACCCCAUUCUCUUCUGGCUCAGCACCCUUCACGCAGAGCUAACCCUGAGGACUGUGUUCCAGAGAGCCCAAGGCACCCAUGUCUGGCACCAGGCCGUGCAGUGGGAUGGCAGGGAACUGGCCCUCAAUGGAAGCCUCUCCAGGCCCAUCUCAGAGUCUGGGGACUCAGAGAUUCAGCAAUCAAGGGACAGAGGCUCACCUGUGACUCUGGAGGUUACCUGGGCUAACAGGUCCUCUACACACAGUGUGGCCUGGGAUGGCUGCCUGACUCUCAAGGGAACCUGGGCCCUGGGCCCGCUGCAGGCCUGUGUGGCCCUGACUCAGAUCUGGGUGUCUCUCCUGGGGCCAACACCAGCCGCAGCAGAAUGUGACAUGAGGCCCAGGAAGCCAGACUCAGAGCCAGGCAUCGGCAGGGAGCUCUGGCAGCUGUGGGAAGUCCUCUCAUUCUCCGGGGAGCACAGUCUGGACCAGGGUGCACUACUGUUGCGUUCUCAAUACCAGCUGGGUCUUCCUCCAGACCCUGACCAGGGCCUGCACUUUAGCCUCACCCCCUACAACCACAGCAGAACUAAUGCACCUGACUUCUCUGUGCAGGUGGAGCUUCAAGGCUCCAGGGCUCAGCAGCUCCUCCUGCUGGGCAGCAUCUCUACCUCAGCUUCCCAAAGCCUGGUCCAGCUGGAGGGCAGCAUGGAUAAGGAUGAGAAACUAAGACUGUUGGUGUCGUGGGCCCUGAGCUGUCUUCAGACUUCUGCCGCCCACAUGGAAGGUAAGUGGAAGGUGACAGGUGUUGUGCUUUCCCGUCCCUUUAAGGGACAAGCCACGCCCACUCCCAUUACCUCUGACCUGCCUGCCGCCAUCUUGCCCUUUUCCUUUUCUGCUUUCUUGGCAUGCGCACGUGUUCUGUCUCUCUCCUUUUAUCUUCUCUCUCUCUCUCUCUCUCUCUCUCUCUCUCUCUCUCUCUCCCUCCCUCCCUCCCUCCCUCUCCCUCUCCCUCUCUCCCUCUCUCCUGUAAUAAAUAUUUUACCUUUAUGCCUAUCUUUUGUGUUUAUGUGUCUGUUACCCGCUGUCACCGCCCACAUGGUGCGUGCCCUCCCACUGGUGGGAAACUGUAGCCGCUUGUCGCAUGGCGGCUCCGCCAGCCCACCCCGGGGACUGACAACCGUCUCUUCGGGGCUAGCAGCUAUGCCGCAAACAUCUUCCCAUGCCUGGGACAGCGUGGCCGUAGCCAGCCCCUCAGCUCACCCGUGCCUGGAGGCCCGGGGUCUCCAGUUCUCCCUCUUUUUCUCUUUUCAUUCCUUUUCUUCCUUCUUUUCGUCGUCCAUGGGGCAUGCUGCUAAGCCUUUUGCCCUUCCCCUCUGCGGCUUUUGUUAUGGCAUGGCGGCUCUCCAACAGAGCAGACUACACGUGGUCGCCAUCUUGGCUGAGGGCCAGAUGGGUCAGGUACAGCUGGUGGGCACCCUGAAUAGAGCAACAGAGUGCCUGGUACAGUUGACCCGGAUGGGGCUAGGCGCUGUUCAGGCAGGUGGCCAGGUGGUGGCCACCUUGUGGGGCCAGGGUCAGGUCAAGCAAAUGCUGAUUGGUCACCUGCCGCUCUUCCUGGAGCAGCUGCGGCAUGAGCUGGACUAGCCUCUGGUCACACUAAAGGAGGCCUACUCGGAGGUGAUGCUGCAGUUGCUGGAUGAGGUGUGGUGAGAGGGGGCUAAAGAAGCCAGGCAGUGGCUACAGGCUUGGCUGCUCAGGCUGCCCUGGAGCUGGCCACCCACCAUACACUGUUUCCUGGGCCCUGAGGCAACUCUGCAAAUCCUUAUGGAGCAUGUACAGCUAUUCAGUCAGGAACCUCUGCUACCAGCGGGAGAUGAGCCCCUGGAUGCGGGAGAAACUCCUGCGGCCACUCCGCAGCUGUCUGAGGCUAACGUGCUGGCUGAGUUCUAUGGCUGCCGGCGGCAUCUACGGAGGAGGAAGGAUAGCACGGCCGGCUCCUGUGGGCUCUAUGCACAGCAUCUGAGCCCAAAGCCUUCUACAGAGGAAGCCCAGCACCAGGCUGGUGUGGAACCUGGUGACUUUGAUUGGCAGGUAUGGGGCCUGGGUCCCUGCUGCAGCAGCUUCCUGCCAGCCAAGGACUUCACUCCCCAAACGUUCUUUCUGAUGCUGAGCCGCACAGGCUUGGGGUUCAUGGCCCUUCAAGUGGAGCUGAACCACACAACCCUCAUUCUGUAUCCCAGGGUGCGUGCUUACAAGCUGUACAACACUGUCAGGCCUCAGGACAGCUGCUGGGACAUAGACCCGCUUCCUACUAUGCUGAGCACUGGGUCCCAGGUUGAGCUGAGCCGUGAAUAUGAUGUGUCUGUCUCUUAUGAUGUGUCAGCAGGCCUCUGCAGCCUGACGCUGGGCCUGAGCACCACGGUGGGUACAUUAGCUGGCCUUCUGGGUACCAACAAUAAAGAAGCAGAUGAUGAGCUAAUGCUGCCGGAUGGCACGGAAGCUGCCGGCCUGGAGGAGCUCGCCCAGGCCUGGAAGACUGUGUGUUCAGGACACCUGUGACCCCAUGGAGCUGCAAUCCGCUUUGUGCCCAGGACUCUGUGCCCUCGGCCUUUCCUCCGCAGUGUGAUGGCUCUGGCAUAUUCUCUGCUCCCACAGCCUCAGGUGCUGACCUUCAGCUCUUCCUUUGGCGGAGUAUAAUACUGUGUCUUCCA